UGCCAACAAACCUCCGGCCUUGGCGCUCGCUGCCCGCGGCACCGCUGCCGCCGUGCAGGGUGAGCGCUCUGGAAAACGCGAUGUCGGAUAAAGGGAGCAGCAUGGAGGGGAAGACGGACAUAGUGAAUGGCAGCUUGUCCAGCAGCCCGGAGGAGAUGUCAGCCGAGGAGGGCCGAGAAACCUCCUCUGGCAUUGAGGUGGAGGCCUCCGACCUCAGCCUGAGCCUCACGGGAGACGACGUGGGGCCCAACCGCACCAGCACAGAGAGUCGGGACACGGACACGGAGAGCUCGGGGGAAGAGAAGGACUCUGACAGCAUGGACGACACGGGCCACUACUCCAUAAACGAGGAGAACCGUGCCCUUGACCGGUCGCACUCGGAGGAGGAAGAGGAGGAGGACGAAGAGGAGGAGCAGCGGUCCCACCGCCGUGCCCAGCGCAAGCGUGCCAACCACGACCAAGACUCCUCUGACGACGAGCAGGCCCUGGAGGACUGGGUGUCCUCGGAGACCACGGCGCUGCCCCAGCCCCGCUGGCAGGCGGUCCAUGCCCUCCGGGAAAGGGAGCUGGGCUCCAGCGCCCGCUUCGUUUACGAGGCCUGUGGGGCCAGGGUCUUCGUGCAACGCUUCCGCCUCCAGCACGGCCUGGAGGGCCACACGGGCUGCGUCAACACCCUGCACUUUAACCAGCGUGGCACGUGGCUGGCCAGCGGCAGCGAUGACCUCAAAGUGGUGGUGUGGGACUGGGUCAGGAGGCAGCCGGUGCUGGAGUUCGAGAGCGGCCACAAGAGCAACGUCUUCCAGGCCAAGUUCCUCCCCAACAGCGGCGACUCCACUCUGGCUAUGUGUGCUCGGGACGGCCAGGUCCGGGUGGCCGAGCUCUCCGCCACCCAGUGCUGCAAAAACACCAAGCGCGUGGCACAACACAAAGGCGCUUCGCACAAGCUGGCCCUAGAACCGGAUUCUCCAUGCACUUUCCUAUCAGCAGGUGAAGAUGCUGUAGUCUUCACCAUUGAUCUGAGACAAGACCGGCCCGCCUCGAAACUGGUUGUGACAAAGGAAAAGGAGAAGAAAGUGGGUCUGUACACCAUCUACGUGAACCCAGCCAACACCUACCAGUUUGCUGUGGGAGGCAGAGAUCAGUUUGUCAGGAUUUACGACCAGCGGAAAAUAGAUGAGAAUGAGAACAACGGCGUACUAAAGAAGUUCUGCCCUCACCACUUGGUGAACAGCGAGUCCAAAGCCAACAUCACCUGUCUCGUACAGACCAAACUUCCCUGGUCUCCCCCCAGCCACGACGGCUCGGAGCUGUUGGCUAGCUACAACGAUGAAGACAUUUAUCUCUUCAACUCCUCUCACAGUGACGGAGCGGAGUACAUCAAGAGAUACAAGGGACAUCGCAAUAAUGCCACUGUGAAAGGCGUCAAUUUUUAUGGCCCGAAAAGUGAGUUUGUGGUGAGCGGCAGCGAUUGCGGCCACAUCUUCCUGUGGGAGAAAUCGUCCUGCCAGAUCGUGCAGUUCAUGGAGGGCGACAAGGGAGGAGUGGUGAACUGCCUGGAGCCCCAUCCCCACCUCCCCGUC